CCGUGGUUUGUUUGCAGGUUGAAAAACUGAUGCUUUACAACGCGUCGCUGAUGUGGAUUUCUGAUGAUGGAUGAAAAUGAAAACGGAGAACGCAGACACUGUGGUCAAUAUUGUCUCCUUCCUACAUCGGCACAAUAGCAAAGAAAGAAAGAAAGACGUGGGAUCCGUGCUUCAGAUGUCCUCCUCUUUAUAAUUACGAUCAUCCCACCAUAUCUGCCGAGAUGGUAUCCCACGCCUCGUCGGAUAAAUCAUCCUACAGCGCUAUGAUCUGAGCAGAAAGAAGCUCCACGAUCUUAUUCAGGGUGAACGCAUGUUGAGCGCGACGCUUACGACAGCGAACGCCUCGAUCCCUUUCGCAAUCGUUGUUCACUGUACCCGAUAGUGGUUCGAGUUAGCUGUUUCCCAAGAUGAAACCAGACGGGGUCGACUCGGGAGCGGCAGAGCCGAUGGUAGCACUAGAGGCGGAUCCUGUGAUCCAGGGGCAGCCAUUGGGGGAAGGCCAGGAGCAGGCUCCGCCCGCUUCCCAAACGGAAGAGAUGGGGCAAGGGGAAGCGCAGACAAUCGAGACGUCCGCGGCCGCCACCAAGCCCAGCAAGGACAAGCCCGCGGACCCGAAAGCAAAGACAAAGGGUGCCGCCAAAACAAAGACGUCGGCCGCCGGCGCUCGUCCCAGCACCACUCAGAGCCGCAUGACGAACGGGGUACAGAAGCCGCCGCAAGCCAACGGCGUUGCCAAGAAGACCACCGCCGGUGCGGCUGCCGAGAAGAAGACGACCACCACAGCUUCUAAGAAGCCUGUAGGUACCACGGGGGCAGUGACCACCAAAACCGCCAGCAAGACCACAGAGAAGAAGCCCGUCGGGGCACCAAAGACCACCGGCACGACGCAGCCGGCCAAGAAGACACCUGUCAAUGGGGAAAAAGCCAAACCAAAACCUCUAUCUUCAGCUCCCAGACCUGCCUCUGCUGCUACCGCCAAGCCCAGCACGACUUCUUCUCCCAAAACCGACAAGCCACCUGUCUCCAAGACAUCCAGGCCUGCCACAGGAACCACAGCUUCUCGCCCAGCAUCUGCUGCACCAAAGUCAGCUUCACCCGCCACACCCAAGACACCAACAACCGCAUCAAAGACCACUCCAUCUGCAGCCAAAACAACCACCUCCACUGCUAAACCAUCACCUGCUAAAACUCCCUCGGCUGGUCGGGCUCCAACCACAUCCACAAAGAGCCCUACACCCAUCAAGAAAGAUGCGAGCAAGCCAGCCACCCCAGCAGCCAAGAAGUCAACUGCCUCCCCGCUCACUCGCCCUGCUUCGACUAAGGCCAGCAAGCCUGACACCCCGAAGGCAGCCACGCCAGCCAAACCGGAGUCGGUUUCCAAGAAACCUUCUGCUCCCUGCAAGCCAGCAGUGGAAGCCAAGACGAGUAAGCCUAAGGAGAGCAAACCAACUCCGUCAAAGGAAAUCAAUGCUGCCCUAAAAACAUCUAGCGCUAAGAACAGCACCGCCAAGACAGCCAGCCCUAAGAAAGUAGUGGGAAGCAGCACUCCCAUGCCGGUUAAACGUGGCCCCAAAGCUGCACAUAAAGAGAGUGAGGCCGUAGCUCCUGCUGUUGAGACUGCGGUUGCAGUUGAAGCCGUGGCUGUUGUUGCUGCUGCCACAGCUGCUGGUACAUUGAUCGCGAUGACAGACAAUGAAUCUGAAGUUCACACUGAACUCCUGCCUGAAUCCAAGCCUGAAGUCGCACCUGAAGUCCAGCUCGAAGUUUCACCUGAACCCAAACUCGAAGUAGCACCUGAACCCAAAUUCGAAGUAGCACCUGAACCCAAGUUCGAAGCUGCACCUGAACCCCAGCUCGAAGAUACACCUGUACCCGCUUCACCACUCCCAUUGGAAACUGAGUCUCAACUUGCAUCUGAAACCAAGUCUGAACAUGUGCCUGAAACUAUAUCUGAAGUCCUACCUGAAACCAAGACUGAAUUUGAACCUGAAACCAAAUCAGAACAUCUGUUGGAAACUGAGUCUGAAUUUACACCUGAAACUAUGUCUGAACUCCUGCUUGAAACCAAGACUGCAGUUGCAUCUGAACCCAGAUCAGACAUCUUCUUGGAAAGUGAAUCUGAAUCUAUGCCUGAAACUAUGGCUGAAGCCCUGCUUGAAACCAAGUCUGCAGUUGUGCCUGAACCCAAAUCAGAACUCCCAUUAGAAAGUGAACCUGAAUACAUAUCUGACCACCUGCUUGAAACCAAGUAUGAAUUUGCAUCUGAACCCCAAUCGGAACUUCCAUUGGAAACUGAGUCUGAAUUUACAUCUGAAACUAAGUCUGAAUUCCUGCUUGAAACCAAGUCUGAAUUUCCCUCUGCCCCUGAACCCAAGUCUGAUCUCCUGUUGGAAAAAGAGUCUGAAAUUGCCCCUGAACCCAAGUCUGAUCUCCUGUUGGAAACAGAGUCUGAAAUUGCCCCUGAACCCAAGUCUGAACUACUGCUGCAAACAGAGACUCAAAUUGCCCCAGAACCCAAGUCUGAACUAAUUUCCCCUGAACCUGAGUCCCAACUCCAGUUUGAAGCAGAGUCUGAAAUUGCCCCUGAACCUGAGUCCCAACUCCUGUUUGAAGCAGAGUCUGAACUUGCCCCCGAACCUGAGUCCCAACUCCUGUUUGAAGCAGAGUCUGAAAUUGCCCCUGAACCUGAGUCCCAACUCCUGUUUGAAGCAGAGUCUGAACUUGCCCCCGAACCUGAGUCCCAACUCCUGUUUGAAGCAGAGUCUGAAAUUGCCCCUGAACCUGAGUCACAACUCCUGUUUGAAACUAAGCCUGAACCUCUGCCUGAAUCAGUCUCAGAACCAGCAGUUGAAUCUUUGAUUACUGCUGCAGUUGCGGACAUUGCAGCAGAGACUGAGGAUAUUCCAUCAGAUACAGAUGAUGAAACACCUGAAGAGGUGGUGCCACAGCUGGCAGCUCAUCUGAAUCUAGUCAGUCUUGAGCACCCAAGUGCUCCUUCAACACUUGGAACAACAGUCAUGUCCCCACCAUCCUCGCCUACUGAAGAGUCUCCUGUGCAUGUCGAACCUCAGGUCUCAACUCCACUACAAGAUAUGUAUUGUGCCAAUAAUCCCUGGGCACAGAAUCAGCCAAUGUUCUCAAGUGAUAUCACCACAGAGAAUCUGGAGGAAGAAGAGAUCAGGGUUCAAGAGGCUAUCCUGACCACUAUGGAGUUUGCAGCAGAGGAGGCAGUGGAUGUUGGGAAACCUUUCAGUCUUGGAGUGGAGCCUGACCUGUUGAGUAUAUCCCAUGUGGAGCAUUUCAGCAGUGUGUCACCUACCUCACCUAGUAUGGAGAAGGAGGAGGCAGUAGAAAAGGCAGAGGAAGAAAUCAAUGAAGAUGAUCACGAGGAGGAGGAGGAGGAAGAAGAAGAUGAGGAAGAGCAGGAGAGGGAGACUGUAAAAGUUCAAGCAGUGCCUGAAACACAGAAAAUGGACGAUUUUAAGUUUGGAUUAUCAGAAUUUAGCAGCUCCAGUAGCAGUUUAAUGCAGUCUGAUGAUUUUGGCAGGAUCAUACAGCAGGAGCAAGCAGAAACAACUUCACCGUUCCAAAUGGAGAGUCAUCGCAGUGAUGAAGAUGAAGAGGGCUUCUCGCUGAAAAAAGUGGAAAUGGAACAGCCAUUUAUGGGGCCACCUGGGCUCAAAUCUUUUUCAGAUGAAGAGGAAGAGGAGGAAGAAGAGGAGGAAGAGGAACAGGAAAAGGAGGACAUGGACACUGGUCCAGAGCAUAUUGACAAGCACCACAUGGACUUUGGCCAUGAGCAAGCUGGUGAUCAACGCAUGGAUGUUCACCUCAAAUCUGAAGAAGACGAUGAGCAUGAGGAUGAAGACAUUGAGAUGGUUAGCGAAGGCCAGGUGGAGAGUGGAAGCAAGAUUGACGGAAAUAUUGAUGCGGAUGACUAUAAGGAAGGAUAUCUAGACAAUUUAAACCGCACUGCUCCAACUCCCUCAAUACCCAUGACUGCAGCCUGGGGCCCAUCUAACCCCUUUGCGGACACUUGGGCUCAGCCAACCUCCAUCAACAUAACAUCCAGUCCUUUAGAUGUUAAGGCAGCUGAUCCUGAGAUGCCCACAAAAUCCCCUGCUGAAGCCUGGCUGGAGGAGCCUCUAGGUCAUUUGACCAAACCACACCUUGAUGUACGUGAAGAAACUGAGAGCUCAGUCCCAGUGGAUGGCGCUAACCUGUGUGCACCUGCAAUUGGUAUGUCCCAGUCAAGCACCCUUAGUGGAACGGCCUUGGUAGCUCACAGCAGCAGUGAGACCAGCACACCUGAAGAGCUGCGGGACUACGACAGCAGCUCAGGUGUCGAGUCCCGCUCGGACAAGCAACAGACACCUGUGCCGAUAGCCCAGCCUGACCAGGAACAGGACCUCGGGAUUCACCUGGAGCGUGGGGAUGGAGAGGAAGAGGAGGCAGAGACACUCCCAGCAGAUGAGGUCCUGGGCGAUGCUCCAACUGCACCAGCGUCUGUUCCAUCAUCCCGUUCUACUUCUGGGGAUGAGGCAAGUGAUACUGAAGGAGAGAUGCAAAUCAAUGACCCUGAUGCUCCAGUUGACGACACUGCAGCCUUAGACAGUCCUACUGCCUCCCGAAACCUCCCUGCCUUGGAGGAAGAUGAGGAGGCCACCGAUAUUCACGCUGGAGAGGAAGAUGGUGGGACCCCACAGUCCGCCAACUCUGUAGCCUCCUAUGGAUUUGACUGCUCAGUAUCCAACUCCAAUGCCCAUUCUACAGCCGAGAGCUGUGGUAAGAGCCCUGGGAUUUUUUCCCUGGAGAACGAAGACCAGUUUCCAGAUGAGGCUAAGGAUCCCUCGCUCAUUAAGGAGCUGACCUUGCCUGCUGCGGCCGCUCAAGCCGAAGACCUACUGGGUUGUCCUGUCGACCUGCUCCCCCUCGGCCAGCAAGGGGAGUCACACGCCAGUCCCGAUGACCAAUACCUGCUGUGCGGGAAGACAGGGGCCAGCGCUCUCGAGGAGUCCGACCCCGAGUCUCCCAUGCACCUGUCUCCCCAGCACGGGGACAGCACCGAUGCCCAGCCACCUUACUACUCUACCAUAUGUGAUAACACUGAUAGCUUUCUGGCAGGUAACGUAUAAAGUCCCCUAGCGGAAUGCACCUUUUCCCAGCACCCUUCCCAAAACAGCACCCUCUCUUCCUUUUUGUCGUUUGUUUUCUUACCAGUCCAGGCAAUGGUGUAAUGAAACAGGGUGGGGGGGGGUGAUUGGACAUAGGGGGUUGGACUGUAGGUUUAUCAGUGCUGCUUUCUCUUUCUUACUACUAUUAUAGUCCUGGUUAUGAUUGUAUGGCUUAAAUUCCUGUAUGUACAAUAGCUAUUCUCAUUUUCUAUUAGAAUGUACUAUUGAAUAACACUGCAUACUACAGCACCCCUGAUCUUGGAUUGUUAGACUGAACUGUUGUGAAGUCCUUUAACGAAUAAGGAAAGCAAAAAAAAAAAAAAAAAAAAAAAAAAAAGAAAGAAAAGAAAAA